CGCGCCCCGCGCCCCGCGCCCCGCGCCCCGCGCCCCGCCGCGCUCCGAGCUCCCAUGGAGAAAGUGCCGGGCGAGAUGGAGAUCGAGCGCAGGGAGCGCAGCGAGGAGCUGUCCGAGGCGGAGAGGAAGGCGGUGCAGGCGACGUGGGCCCGGCUCUAUGCCAACUGCGAGGACGUGGGGGUGGCCAUCCUGGUGAGGUUCUUCGUGAACUUCCCGUCGGCCAAGCAGUACUUCAGCCAGUUCAAGCACCUGGAGGAGCCGCUGGAGAUGGAGCGCAGCCCGCAGCUGCGGAAGCACGCCUGCCGCGUCAUGGGUGCCCUCAACACCGUGCUCGAGAGCCUGCACGACCCCGACAAGGUGGCGUCGGUGCUGACGCUGGUGGGCAGGGCGCACGCCCUGCGGCACAAGGUGGAGCCCGUCUACUUCAAGAUCCUCACUGGGGUCAUCCUAGAAGUGAUCGCCGAGGAGUUCGCCAACGACUUCCCGCCCGAGACGCAGAGAGCGUGGGCCAAGCUGCGUGGCCUCAUCUACAGCCACGUGACGGCUGCCUACAAGGAAGUGGGCUGGACGCAGCAGGUCCCCGGCACCACCACCCCACCGGCCACGCUGCCUUCUUCAGGCCCGUAGGACGCCCCCUUGCCCCUGCUCCCGGCAGCACCUCGGACAGCAGGACCCUCUGUUUCUGGGUGCCAAGGACAGUGGAGGAGCCCCGACUCGCCGUGGCCGCAGCCCCCGGGAGCCGCCGGGAGGCGGAUCUGGAGCCUGGAUGCUGACCCCGGCUAGGGCGGGCGGCCGGGCGGGCGGGGUCCCCUCCGUAGCUUUUCUACUCACCGUUAGCGACUUAGCUGAGUAGCCGGCAGGUGCGGGGCGGGUCUGGGGGGUCCCGGAGUGACGAAGCCCCGUCCCCACUGCCCGGCCAGCAUGCCGCUGCUGCCAACCCCCUCCGCACCCGCUCAGCUAGCCUGUAUCUCGUCUACACCCGUCUAGACGCGCAGAACCUACCACACGCGCUCUGCCUCCACCGCGCUCGGCCCUG